AAACGUUUGAAUGGAUAAGGCGGUUUUUUUUACAUAGUUUCAGGAAGCAGUUUUGCUUUAUCAAUUUGUUUAAGAAAUAAAGUGGAUCGGUGUGGAGGGGGAGAGAAGAAACGGGGACUGGGGUUUAGUGGGAUUUUAAUUGAUCUGCAGUGCAAGUAACACUAAACGGUAACUUCAGGCUGCUGAAUCAGCGAAAUAGGCAAAGGAGAUCUCUGUUACACGUCAGCAACACUCGUACAGCUGACCAAGGAUUUCUAACACAGUACGCAACAAGCUUCUUAAUGUUAAACAAAGCUCCGUUUACAGGCAGCCACGAGAGUACUUGAGUGAAGAAAAAAAGGGAGAAGCAGCUUUUGAAUUCAGUGCAGUGCUUGAGGUUACUUUCCUCACGAAAGAAAGAAAUGACAGUUUGGAAUGUUAAAACGCCAAGCUGGAAAUUAGAGUCAGGUAACAUCAUGGCAGAAGCUACAGGGCCCAUUCCACUGCUGACAGUUUUAUCCCGCAAACUGGAAGAGUUUCUCAAUGAAGUGGAUAAUAACCACUUAGUAUGGCUGCGAGAGAUAGAAGAAGAGGCUAAGAGGAUGUUUACAAGGCCAUCACUGGAAACCACGAAGGAAGAAAUUGAGGAAGAAAUAGCAGAGGAAACCAGCCCUAAUAUUCUUUCUGAAAUAACGGAUCUUGUUGAACAGGUUUCCAAAAGCCCUCGUCAUUCACUACGCCAUCACAGUGCUUCUAAGAUAGCUGAUAGUAUUCCAGCUGCAGAACGUGAGGGGAUAAAUUCAAGUAAAGGAAGUCCAGAUCAUAUAACUAAACAAAAUUCUCCAAAUAAAGAGAACAACGCUGUCCAAAGUUCAGCUACUGAAGAGAGCCUAAGUGCCAGGAGAAAGCAAAGUUACAAACGUGCGGUGAAUGAAAUAUAUGAAAGCCCAACUGAUGAGGAAAAGAAGCUGGAUGAGGAUUGCAGCCCACCUAGAAAGAAGACACCAUCUCCUCCUUGCCCUUCAAGUAAGAUUUUACGCCCAAAUCUUAAAACUUUCUUGCAUACAGUGCAGAAGAACCAGUUGCUGAUGACUCCAGUUUCUGCUGGCCGUGGUGUUGUGAAAUCGUUUAUUAAGCGCAAUACUCCUGUUAAAAUAGAUGCUAAGAUUAUCAGUGAGAAGGAAAAGCAGCGUUUGGAGAUGCUGAAAAAGAAGGAGGAAGCAGAGAUGCUGCGAAAGCAGAAGCUGGAGGAAGAAAAGAAACGGAGGAUGGAAGAAGCAAGGCUGAAGCGGGAAGAACGAAUGAGAAAGGUGCUACAAGCACGGGAACGUGUCGAAAAAAUAGAAGAGGAGAAGAAAAAGAAAAUCGAAAAUAAGUUUGCACAAAUUGAUGAAAAGAGCGAAAAGAUUAGAGAAGAGCGAUUAGCUGAGGAAAAAGCUAAGAAGAAAGUAGCAGCUAAAAAGAUGGAGGAGGUAGAAACUCGUAGAAGGCAGGAAGAAGAAAGUCGCAAACAGAAACUGCUGCAGUUGGAGGAAGAGGAGCGCAAGCACCAAGAGAUGCUGCAAAGAAAAAAAGAGGACGAGGAGCUGGAGAAGCAGAGAAAGAUGGCUGAGGCCAAGAAGCAGGCAGAACUGCGACAAGCUGAGAUUGAGAGAGAGCGACUGAGAGAACAGCAGCUUGCUGCUGAAAAGGAAAUUGAAAGGAAGAAGGAGCUGGAAAGGAUUAAAGCCGAAAAAGAGCGGGAGCGUCAGGAAAAGGAAAAGGCCCUCCAGCUGCAGCGGGAAUUGGAGAGGUCUGCUAGAGAAGAGGCAGCAGCUAGGGAAAAGGAGAGACUCCGAAAAGAAAUGGAGGAGCGAGAAAGGAAAAAGCUAGAAGAACAACGCCAGGCAACUCUGGAGCGUCAGAGACAGGAGAAAUUGCGGUUGGAGAAUGAACGAAAAUUGCAAGAAUCACUAGAGAAAAAAGGGCAACAGGCUAAAUCAGCAAGCAACAAAGACGCACUUAACGUUACAAUGGAUGUACCAGCUCCUUCAGUUUGCCAGUCAUACCAAAUGACUCCCAAGGGCUGUGAUCCAAAGCCUCCUAAAAUCAAUCCUAAUAAUUAUGGAAUGGAUUUGAACAGUGAUGACUCUACUGAUGAUGAGGGAGCACCACGCAAGCCAAUCCCAUCAUGGGCAGAAGGGAAACUUUUGAUGCAAGCCAUCAAUCGUCAGUACUACAACCCACCAGAUCAUCAGUCCUAUUUUGGAGAGGUUGAAAAUCCCAAACUGGAAGAAAUUUUCUACAAGAGCAAACCUCGCUAUAAUAAACGAACAAGUUCUGCAGUUUGGAACUCUCCUCCAAGCCUUGGUAAUAGGGACAAUUUUGCUUACACCCUGAAGAAAUUCUGAGGAUCUAGAACAGUUCUGUCUGCUGUAACAUAAUAAAACUUUUGUAUGGCUUGCCUAUACAAUCUUAAUACGAGUCCUACAAAUGCAUUAUGAAACACUGAAUACACAGUGACUAAACUAAGCAGUUUUUUCUGCUGCAAAUAUUGAAAGUGUGACUGCUUUAAAAGAAGACUGGGUUUGUUGCACCCUGUUCUGAUGUUACAAAUGUGUCCUGGAUUAUUCAGCUAUCAAAUGGGCACCCACUGUGACAAAACUGCAGAUGAGUGACUCUUCAUUGUAUUGCAACAGAAUCUUGUCUUUGGAAUAAAAUGAGUGUGGUGUCAUAAUCCUAGAAUCUGCAGCCUUUUGACUUCAUUGGACUUUUACUUUUUGUAUAUAAUUGUACAGAGGUCUCUGGCUGAACCUUAUAUUCAACCACAUACAUGCACUGUUCACCCAUUUUUAUUGGUGUCCGUAGUGUCUGUCUUUUUUUAUUUGUAUUUUAUUUUAAGUUUUGUAAAAUUGUUUUAAACACUUAAGAAAAAUAUUAGUAAUUACAGAAUAUAAAGAUGUUUCAUUAAAGUUUAGUCCUGUUGGGACAGAUCCUUUUUUCA